UAAAUAAAUAUGUAUUAGUGUUGAUAUACUUUUAAGUAAUUAUUUAAUGCGGUAUAUAAUAUGUAUGUGCGAUUUUUGUAUGUAAAUAUAAAUAUAAAAAUUGAUAAUUUGCGUAAAUUGGAUCAUAUAAAACUUUAGUUCCAAGUACUUCAUAAUUUCACAUAAUUCAAUAAUGCUAAAAAUGGGUAUCAAUAAAAUAUUUAUUAGCAGAGCUUACAGUACGAGAAUAAAUUUGAAUAGAGAUGUAGUUAUUGUAAGUGCAGUGAGAACACCGAUGGGUUCAUUUCUGGGGUCAUUGUCAUCGGUACCGGCUCCAAAACUUGGUGCCAUUGCUAUACAAGCUGCUGUUGAACGUGCACGUGUCACUAAGGAACAAGUUGAUGAAGUUUACAUGGGCAAUGUUUUGCAAGCAGGGUUAAAACAGGCACCAGCUAGACAAGCAACUUUAUUCGCUGGUCUACCAACAUCAACAAUUUGUACAACAAUAAAUAAAGUAUGUGCAAGUGGAAUGAAAAGUGUUAUGUUAGCAGCCCAAUCAUUGCUAUGCGGACAUCAGGAUAUUAUUUUAGCUGGUGGUAUGGAAUCAAUGUCUAAUGUUCCAUAUUAUUUAAAACGUGGCACUACACCUUACGGUGGAGUUACUUUACAAGAUGGUAUUGUAUUUGAUGGAUUGACGGAUGUAUACAACAAAGGUUUCCAUAUGGGCAAUUGCGCUGAAAAUACUGCCAAGAAAUUAGGAAUUACUCGUCAAGAGCAAGAUGAAUUUGCGAUAAAUAGUUACAAACGCAGUGCAACUGCUUGGCAAAAUAAGGUGUUUAAAGACGAAAUAGUUCCUGUCAAUGUACCAACAAAACGUGGAAUGCCGGAUUUGAUAGUAAAUGAAGACGAAGAAUAUAAGCGUGUCAAUUUUGAUAAAUUUAGUGAAUUAAAAACAGUUUUUCAAAAAGAUAAUGGAACUGUCACAGCUGGAAACGCGUCGACGUUAAAUGACGGCGCGGCUGCAUUAAUUUUAACGACUGCCGAAGUUGCUGAAAAAUUAAAUCUCAAACCAUUGGCACGAAUUAUCGAUUUUCAUGAUGCUGCUACUGAUCCGAUUGACUUUCCGAUAGCGCCAGCAUUUGCUAUUCCAAAAUUACUUGAAAAAGCUGGAGUUAAAAAAGAUGAUGUUGCGCUAUGGGAAAUAAAUGAAGCAUUUAGUGUCGUUGUGGUCGCUAAUCAAAAACAAUUAGAUCUUGAUCCAGCAAAGGUUAAUGUUCAUGGUGGCGCUGUAUCCCUUGGGCAUCCCAUUGGAAUGUCUGGUGCUAGAAUAAUUGUUCACUUAGUCCACGCAUUAAAGCAAGGCCAGAAAGGUGUUGCGUCAAUUUGUAACGGCGGUGGAGGUGCAUCAUCUAUUUUAAUUGAAAAAUUGAAACAUCCAAUUUCACCAAGCCCGUCAUUACCAAGACUUCAAUUAUUUACUAAAAAUCCAUGCUCACUGUGCGAUGUACUGAAAGACGAACUUGAGGCCCAAUUCCACGGUUGCUAUGUGCUCGAACAAGUUGACAUUAGCAAGCCCGGCAAUGAGGGCCUGUUUGAGCUAUAUAGAUAUCAAAUUCCGGUUCUCUUUUUUGAGGGACACUAUCUUUGCAAACAUAGAUUGGACACCGAACUCUUGAAGAAACGUUUCCACGAUUUUAAACAGCUCCAACUGAAUUCAUAAUUUGGUCUAAAAUAAGGUAAAAUAUUUAGUACUUGAACAGUUUUUAAAGUGAAAUCCAUUUAAAUAUGAUUUUGGCAAAUAAAAAUUAAUGAAAUCGACAAAAUAAGUCUUAUUUAUAAAAAUC